AUGGCAACACAGGCUCAGGCGGCUAUGUUGACGACAGAAGCUGUCAGCGCUCAUCCUACCGAUGCCAAGUCUGAAAACAAGGAUAUCGAGAAUACAAAAGAAGAAGUUGAUCAUUCAGUUACCGAUAGCGAGGAUCUCGACCUAGAGCGAUGGAACGAGCCGAGAGCCAAUGCAUAUCGAUAUUUUGCAACUAUCUUUGCGUUUACCAUCAUGGGAAUGAAUGACGCUGCUUAUGGGGCUUUGAUACCUUAUCUGGAGACUUACUAUAAUGUUAGUUAUACUGUGAUAUCACUGGUCUUUCUCGCACCAUUCAUCGGUUAUUCCUUAGCUGCGAUAUUAAACAACAAAAUUCACAUGAGAUUUGGCAGACUUGGUCCAGCUGUAAUUGGUCCACUAUGCAAGAUCUUGUGUUAUUCGGUAACUUCGGCCAGACCACCUUACGCUGUUUUACCUGUUAUCUUCGCAUUUUCCGGUUUCGGGAUUGGGCUCCUUGAUGGCGCUUUUAACGCCUGGGUCGGUAAUAUGGAACACGCCAAUGACUAUGGAUUGCUAGGAUUCUUACAUGGUGCUUACGGUCUUGGAGCAACAAUAAGUCCACUUAUUGCCACCUCUAUGGUAACAAAGGGCAGAUUAUCAUGGAACACGUUUUACUUCCUGAUGAUCGGUCUUGCCGUCGUUGAACUGAUCUUCUGUGCUAUUACUUUUCGAAAAGCCACGGGGUCGCAAUAUCGAGCCGUCAACCCACUGACGACUUCAGUGGGUGGACAUUCUCGCACAAGAGAGGCACUCUAUAAUCCUAUCACUUGGAUUUGCGCCUUCUUUCUCUUCUGCUACGUCGGUGUUGAAGUUUCACUAGGUGGUUGGCUCGUCACUUUCAUGCUUAGAGUGCGGCAUGGGGGUGACUUUGAGUCCGGAAUGGUGGUAAUGGGCUUCUGGCUAGGCAUAACCAUCGGCCGUGUGGUCCUUGGAUUUGUAACAGGCAGAGUUGGCGAGAAAUCUGCUAUUGCGGCAUAUUUACUUAUAAGUGUUGCUUUGGAGCUGUGUUUCUGGCUAAUUCCAAACUUCAUCAGCAGUGCUGUCUUCGCGGGAUUUCUGGGAUUCUUUCUUGGUCCUUUAUUUCCGGCUGCGAUCAUCGUUGCUACCAAAAUUUUGCCAAAGAGGCUGCAUGUGUCGGCGAUCGGGUUCGCCGCUGCUUUUGGCGGUGGUGGCGCUGCACUCUUUCCAUUUGCUGUCGGAGCUAUCGCUCAAGCCAAGGGUGUGCAGGUUUUACAACCUUUUGCCUUGGCUCUGAUUGCAGUGAUUUUGGUACUAUGGUGUUCGCUUCCCGGCGGUUUUAAAAAAGGCGGUUUGGAAGCCUCACGGCAGAACAGAACGACAGCACGCGAAAGUCAAAGCACCAGCAUGUGGGCUGAAAGAGCGAGCAGAUGGAAAACGCGGUUGGGAUUGUCUGAAUGGUCAUCCUAA